AGUAGGCAGAGUGAUUGCAGUAGUCAAACCUUCAAAAACACAGAGAAGAAGAAGUCUCGCGUGUACCUGCAGCAGUCAGCUUCAGCUUUGAAUGAAUUGUAUCUUAUCAAUGAAGCACCUGACUCAUUAAUUUUGUUGUGUUUUGACAAGUUGAACUCUUCUGAUGGUGUAGCGUUGCCAAGCUUGCCCACCAGCAUGUCCGUUUCCGUUAUUAUAAAGUGGGGUGGACAGGAAUACUCCAUUAGCACGCUGUCUGAGGAGGACACCGUGUUGGAUCUGAAACAGUCCAUUAAAUCUCUCACAGGAGUUCUCCCAGAACGACAGAAGCUCCUGGGAUUGAAAGUGAAAGGAAAACCAGCAGAUGAUGAUGUCAAACUGGGUGACUUGAAGUUGAAACCCAAGACAAAAAUUAUGAUGAUGGGCACCAGAGAAGAAAGUCUGGAAGAUGUCUUGGCACCUCCACCAGAAAAUGACGAUGUGGUCAAUGACUUUGAUAUUGAAGAGGAAGUAACUGAGGUUGAAAACAGAGAGGAGAAUUUGGCCAAGAUAGCUCGUCGGGUGAAAGACUAUAAAGUUGAGGAGUUAAAUCCCCCAAGACCGGGAAAAAGAUUGCUCGUUCUAGAUAUUGACUAUACACUUUUUGAUCAUAAAUCAUGUGCAGAAACGGGCCAGGAGCUGAUGAGGCCAUACUUGCAUCAGUUUCUUACAUCAGCAUAUGAGGACUAUGAUAUUGUUAUCUGGUCUGCAACAAGUAUGAAGUGGAUUGAUGCUAAAAUGAAAGAACUGGGGGUGACGGACAACCCAAACUAUAAGAUCACCUUCAUGUUGGACAGUGCAGCUAUGAUCACUGUGCACACACCUAAAAGAGGAGUCGUAGAGGUGAAGCCUUUAGGAGUCAUAUGGGGUAAAUAUAGUGAGUUCUACAACAGGAACAACACAAUUAUGUUUGAUGACAUUGGAAGAAACUUUCUCAUGAAUCCACAGAAUGGACUGAAGAUCAGACCGUUCAUGAAGGCACACUUAAACCGUGAGAAAGACAAAGAACUCUAUAAGCUCUCUCUGUAUCUGAAGGAGAUUGCUAAACUUGAUGACUUCUCAGGUCUCAACCACAAGCACUGGGAAAGGUAUCUUUCAAAGAAGCAGAAUCAAUAACAUCUUCAGCACUGAGGAGAAUCUGCUUUCUAGAAAGAUUUGGUGCUGAAAACUUUCAACCUUACUGAACAACUGCUGGUCCAAAGAUCAGCUACUCUGUAUUUUGUGUUUUUCAUCUUGCAUCUCAUUAUUGUGGCCAUUACUGCAGGACAAAUGUGUUUUUUUUUUUUUUUUUUGUACUUUUAGCACUUGUAUUCCUCAGAACACGGUUGACCUCAACAGGUCAAUGAAUGCAUUUAACAAAAUAAUAGCAUUGACUACAUUAAAGCAAGCAUGAUGCUUCUCUUACCUCA